UUUGCACAGGAUAUUGGAGUAAGCGAAGAUGCCAUUCCUGAUGUAGCAAAGGUAUAAACUGAUGAUAUAUUUGGGCAGUAAGGCCCCCUCAUGCACCACCCCAUGGAAAACCUGCACCCCUUCCUGCAGAUGUAGCUAGAUCCGCUCUUGAUUUUUGCAUGCAGAGAAAUUGAUAUUCCUUAUCUCUCGUACAAUAUCCUUAUUCGAAAAGACGUGAAGAUCUGACUACUCCAUUCCUCAAUUAUUUUAUAACGUUUAGUCCGGAAGAGCCGAAAAAAUUUUACCAAUUCAGUUUGUGUCUUAGGCUCCAAGCGGUCUUCUGGAAGCUUUAGAAGCUCAUUGCAAGUCCUUGGAGAGAGGACAGAUUCCCGCCGCAUCCAAAACAACGUAAGUUUAAACAUGAAAUGUUUUACUUGAAUGUGAUAUACAGUUUGUAAUAUACAAACUUCGAUCUUUGUGUGAUGAGCAUUCUUAUAUUUUAUUUAUUUAUUAGGCUUUGCCAAAUCAACUUAAAAUCACUUGCUAUACAUACAUUAACAUAAACGAUACAUACAUUGACAUGGCUGGGUAUACGCUACAGCUUUCGCCAAUUACAGCGACCCUUUACACAAUACAAGACAAACAAACUUUAAAAUAUCGGGGGUUAAAAGCAGAAUACCCCACCAAUUUCUCCUUAUACGAAAUUUCUGUAUAUUCAAGCUUACUAAAUUCGUACCAUGCAGAAUAUUUAUAUUUUAAUCGUCGUUUAAUAUUCAAGCUGGUUUUAAACACUGCUCAGAGACUGACAUAGAAUUCUGCUUCUUCCCCAAAAAACUAACAACAGCACGAUAUGCAGUGGCGUAACGUUAUAUCAGGGGGCCCCCGGUUCAAAAUUUUCGAAGGCCCCCUAGUAGAAGUGCCAAAGGCACGAGUCGAGCGCCGUAUAUUCACGAAAUUUCUAGGGGUCCAGGGCAUGCUUAUCCGGAAAAUUUUUGAAUUUAGACUCUCUGAAAUGCCAUUUCCUGGACUUUGGGGAAAGAUUUUACAGAAUUCUGAUGGUCAUAAAACUACAUUGUAACAUAUCAGAGGCCCUGACCAAUGUUUUUGCUCUAUUGCCUAAGCCUGGGGGCCCCCAUUUAGGUUGGGGCCCCCGGGUUCUCACGGUCUGAGCCCAUAGUAGUUACGCCACUGACGAUAUGGGACAAGACAGGUUACGAGACGUAUACAAGACAAACAUAUAGAUUUCCAAGUUCGAGGAUCCUCUGCGUUGUAAACAUUUCGUAAGGCAGAUUUAUAGUGUUUGAGAAGUCCGCUUUUAAAUCCGUUAAAUGCAGUGUUUUUAUCUGUCAAGUCUUUUGGUAAAAUGUUCCACACUCUCGUUGAUCUUGUCAGGAAUGACUUUUGGUAUGUUGUGGUCUUGCAUUUUUUUGUUGUAAACAUCAAACAGUUCGGAUCAGCAGAUCUUGUAGCUCUUUCUCUAUUCUGGAUUGUUGGUAUAGUAGGUCGUUGUUAAUGACUAUCAUCUCAUGAGUGCAUUUGAAGAAGAAAAUCAUAUCAAGAAAUUCGUGCCAGUAACAUACAGGAAUCAUAUCUAGCAUAUCAAGUCUCUGGUUGUAACUGACCUCACAGAAGAAAGGAAGAUCCAGAAUGUACUUGGUUGCUCGCCUUUGUACUCUUUCCGUGCGCUUGAUCAAGUUGGCUGAUUGGGGAGGCCAAACUUGAGAGCCAUAGCAUAGUUGGGAACGGACAAAGGAGAAAUAUAGGGUGCGACGAACGGAGAUAGUUUUUAUGUCAAGUGUUGAUCUUCUUAUAUAUCCUAACAUCUCACUUGCUUGUGUGCAUUGACAUUCAACAUGUUUUGACCAGGUAAGGUUAGAUGUAGUCCACACUCCCAAAUCACAUAUAUAUAUACCAAAUUCCAGAAUAAUUAUUGAGCAUGCUCAUAUAUCUACAACAAUCCAGUAAGCUCAUGAGCAUGCUCAUAUACAUGCCAAAAUCCGGUAUUCUCAUCAGUGUGCUCAUAUAAGUGCCAAAAUCCAGUAUGCUCAUGAGCCAUCUUCUCUCCUAGGCACUUGAACUUAGCUCCAAUAACCAUCUCUCUGAAGAGCGAGCAAUUCAACUUCAAAGAAGAAGAGCUCGCGGAACAAUUCAGUCCGGACGAAAAUAGCAAUGAGGCAAUCGACAGUCAACCCACCCUGCUUCAGAGUGCCCAAACCACAAAUCCGGGGGGUGAAGGACCAUGGCAGAGUUUGUUCGAACCUGCAGAAAUACCUCAAGCCAACAAGACUACGGAGCCAAGUAAUAACCAGAAUGACUUGCUUGAGUUACAUGCCGUGUUUCAAACUCAACAAGUAAGAUUUUGAAUCAAUUGAAGAAUUGAAAAUACUACCGGGUGUCAGCCAUUAUUUAUGGCUGAGGGUGGCACCGAAGAGAAUUUCUUUCUUCGUAAAAAUUUUGCUGAUCCAACCAUUAAAAAGUAAAAAAAAAUUUUACCGAGCCUCAAAUAUAAAUUAAAGCAUAAAUACUCACCCCUGGCCAAAAGCUACAAAAGGAUACUAUUCAGUUGUCACACAUGUCCUUUAUCAUUUCUGUGACAUGAGUUUGAUAACUGCUUGUGCAAUUUUCUGCAGACUAAAGUUUCAUGUUGUCUGCACAUGUGCUUUCUUUGGAGACACCGUUUGCCUCUUGACAAAUCGGAAAAUGAUCAAGACAGUGGCUCUGAUUGAUCUACACAUUAUAUUGACAUAUGACUGUUGACAUUGCUUUUCAGUCUUCAAUAUUUGAGUGAGUCAUGCUUUGAAAAUGACAAUAAGUUUUUAUUACCCAACCCUUGAGUUGUUUUGUUUUUCAUUUACCCAACCUUAGCAUAAAAUAGUCUAUUAAAGUAAUUUCAAUUAUAGUUAAUAGAAAAGAUGAUUUGGAAACCCAUUAAAAAUAACAAUAUAAUUUGUUAUCUAUGUUAGUCAACACGUUUAUGCAAAAAUAUGGUCCUUCAUUGUCACGUGCCUAUUAUAUGUUCGCCAAAUCCACCAAUAGCAAUUGCUUAAGUUACCCAAUUGCUCAAGUCACAGAUAGGUAACUUUUCUAAAACAUAGCUAUUGGUUAGUUGGGCAAAAAUACAAUACGCACGUGACGAUGAAAUAUCAUACUUCUGAAUAAACCUAAACAAAAUGAUAGAUAAUGGGUUAUAUAACUUAUAUUGUAAUUCUAAUGAGUUUCCAAACUCUUAGCUUCUAUGGACCAUGGCUCCAUUUAAUCUGCAGCUUAGCUUAUUUUAACUUAAAACGUUUGUGAUUUUCAGGCCCCAGCAACGAACGCGUUUCCACCUAGCCCUAACUUUGGUAUACCCGGCUACAACCCUGGGAUGAGCCAACCUGUCAUUCAAACUUCAAAUCCGUUCGAAAUCCAUUCUGAGCUACAAAGUUCCAGUAACAUCUUGCAACCAAUGAAUAAACCUGAGCAAACAGUUCAACAAGUACCUGAACAGCCCGCGAGGCAAUCCUCCACGGGAGACCUACAUUCAUCGUUAUCAAAAGUAGCUAAAUCUCUUGGUAAGUGUGUAGGCAAAUUUGAAAAUUAAAGUACCAUAAGGGACUAUUCAUAUACAGGGUGUCCCAGAAAACCCAAAACCAUUGAAAUAACGUAUUGUUAGAAUUUGAAUUCCCCAGUACUAAGCUGAACGCAAUGAUGCGUAAGAUAUUGACAGGGUGCAAAAAUUAUAAAUAUUGACUUAUUAAGAAAUUAAAAUGUCUUUGUAAAGCACACGAUUUUCUGCUCUUGGGAAUUUAAAGCGGUUUCUUAAACAGUUUCUUUAUGCAUAAAAUUUACUUAUGUCAAGUUUUUAUACAUUUGUGGGUUCAACAGAGUGGCUGAGGCAUUCAAAUUCUAACGAUACGUUAUUUCAAUAGUUUUGGGUCUUUUGGGACUGAAUUUUUAAACUGUUCUCCCUGAAGAUCCAGUAAAAGCUCUCAAAAUUCUCAAUCUGUUUUAUUUUCAGAUAAUUUCGACUUGACUUCAGCUUGUCUCGGCUCGGGGAGCUCUGGACACCAGUGGACCGCGCCCAAACCCAAAGUCAAAACUGGUGGAGCAAAUUUCCAAAUUGGAACCAUCGCAGGUAGCACAUUACCCCCUGUAUCACCUACCCUACCCUACAACGCCCCUCCUCAACCGACGAUGCCCCCCACCGGCCUGGGGAUGGGCCAACCCAGACCCGUCCUUACGCCGGGGUAUACCCAGCCUCAAAUGUUAGGGCCUAGACCCAUGGCUUACGGACAACAGCCUAUGAUGCGACCGCAGACCACAAUGUAUGCGGCACCGCGUGCAAAUGUGAACCCUUUUGGAAACCCAGUGCCACGUAACCAAGCCUUGUUUUGAGUAAUGGUCACUGAUCUGGAAUUGAACUGGAUGUUGAAGUAGUCUCACUACACUGUAGCUCAUUAUGGACUCUUUGAAAUUUGCGGAGUUUCGAGAACCGUUUUUCGAUUGACUGACAAUUUCUGCUUAGUAAUAGCAUUAGUCAUCUGAUUUCAUGCCAAAAUGAAACAUUGAAAUAAUUGAAAUGUAGCAAUAACUUGUAAAUUAGUGGAAUUAAAUAAAUUGUACAUGAAAUUGUUCAAAAGUGCACGUGCCCUUCUAUUCAUUCACACUAUAUGGCGCUAAAGA